CGGAAACUUGUAGGAGAAUGACACCUGUGUGGUUCUUGAGUGUGUUCCUCACUGGAUUUUUCAUGCCUCGGACGAGCAGAGUUCAUGCAGCCAAAAACUGAAGCUCACUAAAAGGACCUUUACCUCAGCUGACCUCCUAGCUUACUUCAAGCAGCCUAUGGCAGAGACCAGAACUGUGGUGAGAUCAGCAGAGUACUUUGAAACUGCACUGACUCUCAUUAGCCGCAAUGUCAGUAAAGUCCACAGAUACUUACUCAAUGCAACAGAUCUAUUAACAGAGAGGGACCUGGGCACCAUAUUGCGGAUCAUGGGUUGCUCAGCUACAACCCUGCCCACAGUAUGUGAGGACAACUGUUGGUCAAAUCGUUACAGGACUAUCACCUCCAAUUGCAACAACAGGAGAAAUCCUCGUCUAGGAGCAGCUAAUAAUGCAUUUGCCCGCUGGCUCCCAGCUGAGUAUGAAGAUGGAUUUUCACUUCCAAAGGGGUGGACCAGGAAGAGAUUAUAUUCAGGGUUCCGCUUGCCACCAGUGCGACAAGUAUCGAACCAGAUUCUACAGGUGGCCAAUCAGAUUGUACCCCUGGAUCAGGACCAUGCUCACAUCUUUGUACAAUGGGGCCAAUGGCUUGACCAUGACAUGGACCUGGCCCCUCAAUCUGGCAGCAUCCAAACAUUCACCAAUGGCAUUAACUGUGAUGAAACAUGUGCCAGGAGAAGUCCGUGUUUUCCCAUCAGGAUACCUUCGAAUGACGCCAGGUUUAAAAACAGCACUGGUUGCAUGCCUUUCUUCCGAUCUGCUCCUGUAUGUGACACUGGUGAGCUAGGCUCACUUUUUGGACAUAUUAAUAUUCGGGAACAGUUAAAUGCAGUAACAGCCUUUAUCGAUUCCAGUAUGGUGUAUGGUAAUGGUAAAUCUAUUGCAAAUCGUAUUCGAAACUAUACGAAUGAUCUGGGAUUGCUGGCAAUUAACCAGAACUACUCUGACAACAGGUUGGAACACUUACCAUUUAGCAGCAACAAUUCAGGAAGCCCCUGUAUUAUGAACUCCAAUGGCACUGGAGUUCCAUGUUUCUUAUCAGGGGAUGGACGUGUAAAUGAGCAUCUGGGGAUCUUAUCCUUUCAUGUAUUGUUUCUACGGGAACACAAUCGCUUAGCGAGAGAGCUGAAGAAACUGAACCCACACUGGAGUGGAGAAACAAUCUACCAGGAGGCGAGGAAAAUCAUGGGAGCAUUUCACCAGAUAAUAACCUACAGAGACUAUGUUCCUCGACUCAUUGGUUCAGAAGCAAUGCAGAAAUAUCUUCCUCCCUACAGAGGUUACAAUGAAUCCAUUGAUCCCCGAAUUGCCAAUGUUUUUGCCACAGCCUGUUUCCGGUCCGGACAUGUCACCAUUCAGCCAAUCGUCCAUCGUUUUAACGAAAGCUACCAAGAACAUCCACUGUACCCAAACAUUCUCCUGCACAAUUCCUUCUUCUCUCCCUGGAGAAUUGUGGAUCAGGGUGGAAUUGAACCAAUUCUUCGGGGACUACUGGCUAAUCCAGCCAAACGGCAGACCCAAAAUCGGAUGAUAGUGGAUGAACUGCGGCAACGUUUGUUUGAGUUGACAAGUCCUCUACCAUUGGACUUGGCCUCAUUAAAUUUGCAACGAUCCCGGGAUCAUGGUCUCCCAGGUUACAAUGCUUGGAAGAGGUUCUGUGGUCUUUCUGAGCCCAAAAACGUGAGGCAGCUCACAGCAGCCCUUAGAAAUGCAAGCCUGGCAAGGAACUUGUUUGAGCUGUAUGGAACUGCUGAUAACAUUGAGCCAUGGCUUGCGGGAGUAUCUGAGCCAGCUGUGAAUGGUGGAAAGCUGGGCCCACUGUUUGCCUGUUUGGCAGGACAGCAGUUCAAAAACCUGCGAGAUGGAGACAGAUUCUGGUGGGAAAACAAAAGAGUUUUCACUGUCAGCCAACAGCAGGCUCUGCAGCAAGUCUCACUGUCCAGAGUAAUCUGCGAUAACACCAGGAUUGAAGAACUCCCUCAAGACGCGUUUAGGUUUAGACCAUAUCCAGCAGGGUAUAUCAGAUGCACACAGAUUCCACAAGUAGACCUGAGUGCCUGGAAAGAGAAUGUGGAAGUGAUUCUCUGUGCCUCUGCCCCUGUUGUCGACCAUGCCCACUUCUCAAUCUGUAAAUCCUCAGUCAGGUACACAUGCGAGCCUGGAUUCAAGCUGGUGGGAGGGGAUACGAUAACCUGUCUAAGUAACGGACAGUGGAACAUCACACCACCUAUCUGUACAGAUGCUGCAGUAUGAUUUUUCAUUGCUUGGAUUUGAAAAGAAGAUGUUUCUAAGCAAAUGUAGGGUCAUCCAGGACCCCCUUUCCUAUUUGUUUUGAGUACUACUCAAGUUUAGAGGAUAAGAUUCCACAAUCGGCCUAGAACCACAUCAGCCCAACUGUUGAGCACGAGUUGCAACUUCCACCCAAAUGUUGCUGAUAUACAGAGGCUUUUUAGUGAGGUGAAAUUGAAUAAUGAUUUUUGUUUAUGGAGUGGAAUAUUUUGAUGUCCCCAUGGAUGCCAAGGGUGGAGAAUGUACAAAUCCCUCUGCAUCUA